CAAACAAAGUAGCAGGUCCUGCGGAGUCAUGAAAACUCGCUUCUUUCACUAACGUUCUUCCCAGACAGAAAAACCCUAAAAAUCGAAAACCCUCCUCGCUUCUUUCACUAACGGGCACCAGAGGGAGAGAGAGAGAGAAGCAUUGCUUGUCUGUUGAGUGUAUAAGCAGCGAUGCUUCGUCGCAACGUUCGGUUGAGGAGGGAGUAUCUGUACCGGAAGAGCUUAGAGGGGAAAGAGCGGCUCCGUUAUGAGAACAAGCGCAAGAUUGCAGAAGCUCUUCAAGAGGGAAAACCGAUUCCUACCGAGCUCAGAAAUGUGGAAGCGGAGCUCCGCGCUGAAAUCGAUCUCGAAGACGAUAAAACCGCCGUCCCAAGGAGUUAUAUUGAUGAUGAGUACGCGACUGCAACUGAGAAAGAUCCUAAAAUUCUGCUGACUACUUCCCGUGAUCCAAGUGCACCUCUUGUACAGUUUGUGAAGGAAUUGAAGAUCGUUUUCCCAAAUGCGGAGCGGAUAAAUCGUGGUGGCCAGGUUAUUUCUGAAAUUAUCGAGAGUUGCCGUUCUCAUGAUUUUACAGAUGUCAUUUUAGUUCAUGAGCAUCGUGGUGUACCCGAUGGCAUGAUAAUAAGCCAUCUACCUUUUGGGCCAACUGCUUAUUUUGGUUUGCUCAAUGUGGUUACAAGACAUGAUAUUAAGGAUAAGAAAGCAAUUGGAACGAUGUCUGAGGCUUAUCCACACUUGAUUCUAGACAAUUUCAAUACGAAGCUUGGUGAAAGGACAGCAAAUAUAUUGAAGCAUCUCUUCCCAGUGCCAAAGCCAGAUACCAAGCGGAUACUCACUUUUGCAAAUCAAUCAGACUAUAUAUCAUUCAGACAUCAUGUUUAUGAAAAACGUGGCGGUCCAAAGUCCGUCGAGCUUAGGGAGAUUGGUCCUCGUUUUGAAAUGCGGCUUUAUCAGAUAAAGCUAGGGACGAUGGAGCAGACCGAAGCACAGACGGAGUGGGUGAUUCGACCAUACAUGAACACAACAAAGAAGCGCAAGUUCAUCGGGGACUGAUUGCACCAAAGAGCCUGGCGUCAUUGCGGCUUUUUAAGAUGAUGCUCUUUUUACCUCCCCAUGUGUAUCUCUUGCAGCUAGCCUAGGGUAAUUAAUUGGAUUCCCUUUGUGGCUCCUAGCUGCAACCAAAUUUUGUUCAAGUUCAAAAACUAUUUGUAUCCUCUCUUCCCACCUCUCUGUACUGUAUACAACCACAAUGAGAAUCGUGUAGUUUCUUCGUACUUAUAGUUGUGCUACCUUGUAUUUUGGGAAUGAGGAUAUGUGGAAAACCUGUUUAAGUAUUAGCCUUUAGAUAGGAAAGACACUGCAAGGAUU